AUGAGCAAAAAGUUCAAGUCGCAGGCCUCCAGUAGCCGCGCUGCUGCCAGUGCCUUUGGGGGGUUUUGGGGUUUCUCCAGUACCUUUGGCAAUGACGGCCGAGAGCCGUCCUCGCUAACAUACAUCACGGAACCACCAGAUCUUUCUCGUAUCUCAGACCAGCAGUUAGUAAUUGCUUUCAAGAACUUGAUGAAGAAAGAUGAGAUUACACGCACAAAGGCUCUUGAAGAAUUGAAAGAGUAUAUUGUAUCAGUUGAAGCAAAAGAUGGAACGGUUCACGAUGGCUUUUUGGAAGCAUGGGUGAAAAUAUAUCCUCGGGCUUCAAUUGACUUAUCUCGAAGAGUGCGGCAACUGGCCCAUACAAUCUUGGGCUCAAUUGCUAGCCUUGUGGGAAAGAGAAUUGCACCUCAUCUGCCUAAAGUUGUGGGAGCAUGGCUUGCAGGGCUCUAUGAUAAUGAUCGACCUGUCCACCGAUCCGCACUUGAAUCUUUUACCAUGAUUUUUACAACGGAUGCAAAGAGAAACAACGUCUGGAAAAUAUACCAAAGCUCUAUUCUGGACUUUGUAGAUGAUGUCCUUCUUCACCAAUCACCUUUGACUCUUAGCGAUGAGCGAACAGUCAAGCGUGAUGAUGCAGAGGCAAAGUAUGCACGAGUUGUGGGCUCUGCCCUUUCACUUUUCAAUCGCAUCCUGGGUAACUCAGCCGACGAGGAUCUGAAAAAGAAUCUUCCAGAGAUCGAGACUUUACUGGGUAGCAAGUCUCUGUGGGCUUUCUGCACCCAUGAAGAUCCAUUCGUUCGCCGGUCUAUCUACAUUCUUCUGCGAUCUGCUGUAUCCCGUGAGCCUGGGUGGGUUGACUGGAAAGUUCUAAGUGCAGCCAUUAUUGGGAAGUCGUUGUCGUCUCCACAGAUAGGAUCUGCAUCUGAGUUAUCCGAGUCUCUUUUGCUUUUAACCUCAGCCAGACCUCAGAUCUGGACAGAAGAUUAUACUGGCAAGACUUCAGCGUCAAAAAGGCUACGCCAGUAUAUCCAGAAAGGAUCACAAGCAGGCCAUGCAAAUUUCUGGUCAAAUCUUGACCAAGUGCUCCGAACUAUUCCCCAAGAAGUGCUUUCUGGAGCCGAUAAAACAUCGACUGAUGGAAUUUUCACAAUUUCUAGUGCAACUGCCAUCACCGAAGCUUUCCAGGAAGGCCUUAAUUCGAGAGAAGAAACUCGUCAAAACCUUCCCAUUGGGUGGAAAAAAUACAUCCAGGUCGGUACUUGGCUCGCCACUCUCGUGCCAGAGGAUCAGCAGUCGGAAUUUAUCCAAAAGAGGCUCUCCCCUCUGGUGAUAAAUUACGUCCGACCUGAAUCUGAACUGGUCCAAUGGUCGCUUGUACCCCAGUCGGCGGAAGAAAUCUGUGCCGAGUAUCUAACAACUCUCACGGCUCAUAACCAAAGCGAGGAGCUGCAGUUACUGUGGACAAAGUUAUCGCACGAUCUGCUUGAAGCUGUUAAGCUGUCCUCUCCUGAGCAAUCAAAGGAUUUUCGAACCUCUCAGGAUUCUAUUUGCACUCAGUCCAAACGCUUUUUUGAUCUACAAUCUGCUGCUCUCUCGCGGGUCACAGAAGGACAGGCUGAACCAGCUGCACAAAAGGUUUUUAAGCAGUCAAAUAUUGCCCUGCUUGAAAAUUGCCUGCAGAUACUUCGUUCGCGCAAUGGCAAGCCCUACGGAGCCGCUGGAGUAGUAGAGGAUUGUGUGCGCAGCAUGCCCUCGGCCGCAAAAAGUUCCAAAGACUUUCUCAACUUUGUUCGAACUGAUGCCCCCGACCUUCUAUUCUCGCCCUCAGGUGAUCGUCUCAUCACGAUUAUUUUGGUGUGUCGGGAGUGGGAUGGAUUUGCUUCUAGCUUCGAGAACAUGGUUGAACGCGCCAUGGAGUUGGAGCCCGAGCAGUCAAAUGCCCAUAUUCUUCAGAACUUACUCUCAAACCUCAGCUUCGACGAGGUUGGAGACAAGGCUAAACUCAGCAAGCUUAUUAUGCGGGCGCUGGACAAAGCAUGUCGAGGGAGUCAUGCACACUGGCCAAUUAUCACCUCGGUCCUUCAGAAUCAAAGUUCUCGUGGCCAAAUGGCCAAUGACAUAUUCUUGUCCAUGAUAGACUCUCUUUCUUUUGAUGACCGAGUGUUUGAUGCUUUACACGGCCUUUCCCAUCUAGGGCAGACCGUGCCCGCCGCUGUUCGCGAGUUCCAGAGUGGACCUCAAGGGUCAAAGUUGACCGGAAAACUACUAUUUCUUAUCGAGUCUCCCUCGGAGGAAGUCGCAACAUUAGCAGAGUCGUUGAUGAAAACCUUUAAGGAAACUGUUGUUGGGGAUACUAGCGACAAGUCUAAGAUCGAAAUCCUCCGCAAUGGAUUCAGCCACGCAUCGGAGGAGUCUCUGUCAAUCGAAUCUCUGUUUGCCAUUGCAGAGGAAUUGUUGCAAGGCAUCUCUUCGAAGGACGCUGAUUAUAGGAUCAAAGACAUAUUGCCUUCUCAAAAUGCCUGGGAAGAAGCAAUGGGCCCAUUCCUCCAACUUCCGCCACGAUUUUCGGUAGCGAUAACAAGCCCCCUAGGGGGUAUUGUGAACUUGGUUCAGCGCGAUGUUUCAGAGUCAUUCAAAGCAUUAUGGCUUUCUACUCCCCGUGACUCCGCUCAUUGUUCUGCUGCUUUCCGCCUCGCGACAUUCACGAUCAAAGUGCUGUCAUCUUUCGAGAUUACCAAGCAUCUGAAUAGCGAUGAUCUUGAGACAGUUUUAUUCUAUCUUCCACUGGCAGUGCAGCUGAUUGAUGAUGAUCUCAGCAUUGAACAAUCCAAUGGAAUAUCGGGCCUAAAGCUUGCAGAUCAACGCGAGGAGUACCUUGAAAUUGUCCUCAAAGGACGAAAAAUCAUCAGCAACUGGAUUCACGCCAAAGAACCUUUGAACGGGUCUUCUGACUCUACAAUCUCCUCUUCUUUGAUUAAUCUCUGGGAGAAAAGACUUGAGGAGCUAAAUGGAACAUCGCCUUGGGACUAUCGGAUUGGAGAGGCUUUCACAAAGAUCAUGACAUCUUCACAUGCUGUGGAACAUUCCAAGUCCACAGAGGAAAUUUCAAAGCUUUGCCGAGAAGCAAGAACGGCUAAUGCGAUUCGUUCGGCAUCAUGGUUUGCUGUUCUCCGAAGUUCAAUCCUAUCAAACUCUGUAGGAAACAGAAUUUGCAAUGAACUGGUUGCAGAUUCCACUGGCCUCAAACAGCAUGAUUCUUCUUCUGAUGGCCUGAGGAAGCUCGCACUGCUCAAUAUCUUACUUUCUGGUGAAGACAACAUUAUUUCAACCAUUCCUACCCAAAGACUGGUUUUCUUGACUAAGCACCUUAUCGAAUAUCUUCAGUCUGAUACCAAGUCUCUUGGACUGAAAGCAGAGAUCAUCAAAACUCUGACAUUUGUUAUUUCUGGACUUGCCGAGAUCUAUGGCUCCCACUGGGAAGAGAGCAUGGAUAUUUUGAGCACAUUCUUCAAAAAUACUUCCGGAGGCGAAGAAGGACUGCCAUUAUUGGCUUCCUCUUUCCGAUUUUUCGCGCGUUUGAAGUCUAUGGCUGAAGGUGACAGCAAUGAUGAUCUUCAAGAUGCCUGGUUGGAGAGAAAGACUGGUCUAUUUAAUGACUUGGCAUCCACCAUUGGAAUGUUUGACUCUUCAACAACGUUCCACCAACCUCGCGACGUCGCUGUUGAGCUCCUGCGACGCCUGAUCAAUUCCCUUCCCAUCGAAAAACUUGAAGAUGUUAGCGGAGUUUUCCACCUAAUCACGGCCCAUAGCCGCUCUGUGCAACGAACGGCAUACACGAUCCUCCAUCGCUAUAUCCCUCAGGCCCAAGAACAGAUUUCUUUUGAUGUGGCCCUGUCUAAAACUAUGGUCAGCUUGCCCGACGAGCUCCUAUCACUUCUCCUCGAGACGCCGACAAUGCAGAUGGUGAAUAUGGCCUACGGAGACGACAAAAUGUGGACCACUAUCCGAGCUUACCUUUUGAGCUGGAAGAUAGUGUUUGAUCAUUUUACAAAUGCGUCCCUUCCUGUCCAAGAGUUCUAUACCACCAGCAUUAAAGAAAACGAUAUUCUCAUUCCAUUACUGGAAUUCACAUUCAACUUCCUCCAGAAAUCACACGGAAAGAUUAUUGAUACGUCCAAGCUGGAUGUACAAAAUUUCGAGCCUGACCAAUCCGAGAAUGCUGAGAAAGAGAUUCAAUGGCUUCUCGUUCACCUCUACUACCUCUGCCUCAGACACCUUGCGAACAUGACGAAAAAUUGGUGGAUUGAUACCAAGAAACGGAUCAAGGGACCGGUCGAAGCUUGGACCGAGAAACAUAUCUCGCCCGUUGUCGCUGGAGAUUCUCUUCAAGGAGUCACAGAUUGGAUUUCCACUCAAGAUCCGAAUGAAGAGCGGGCAUUGAGUGUCAAGAUCUCCAAAACUGCCGAGAUCAUCGCCAGCAUUCCCGUCGACGAGGAGUCGCCUCCCGUCUCCAUCUCCAUCUCCCUCCCACCUGCAUACCCCCUUCACCCCGCGCUGGUGGUCGGUCGCAGCCGAGUGCUUGUUGAUGAGAAGAAAUGGAAGAGUUGGCUGCUUACCAUUCAGGGAGUUAUCAUGUUUGCCAAUGGAAACCUGGUUGACGGACUGUUGGCCUUCCGGCGAAAUGUCCAGGGCGCCCUGAAGGGCCAGAGCGAAUGUGCGAUUUGCUACUCGGUCAUCUCGACUGACAUGCAGACACCUAACAAGCGAUGUGCCACCUGCAAGAACACCUUCCACUCUGUUUGCCUGUUCCGCUGGUUCAAGAGCAGCAACCAGAGCACUUGCCCGCUGUGCCGCAACAACUUUGUAUAUGUCUAA